AUGUCGCACGACUACUGCAAGGCACUCAAGGUGGGCGCCCACGUCCUCCGCCCUUGGAUGCUGGCUUGGCGAGCCGAUUUUGGCCUGCCGGGUUCUGCGGAGCCAGACCAGAUUGAAUUGCUGGCGGAGUUGAUCUUGUCGGAGGGGUUCCGCACAGACAGCGACUUGCCGGGGGUUGAGAAGCUGGCCAUCUGCCCUCCUGAGCGGGCUUUCCUAGAGGAGCCGUACAAGGAGUACCCGCAGUUGAUGCCAGGCAAUCUCAUCCCUCCUUUUUCCGUGGCCUAUGUCAAGGGCUGGCGUCGGAGCCUAUCAGCCUUGAUCGUUUGCGCUGGCAUCCAUGAGCUGCACAUUGAUUUUGACGAGUUGACCCCUCAGUUCAAGGCAUCCAUGCGGAGCAUCCACAGCACAGUUGGCAAGUUUUCCUCGGUCCGUGAUCAAGUUUUUGCUCACCGAGGGAUCACUAUGGCGUCGACAGCCACCAGGUCCCCCAACGCUUUUAACUUCUUGCGCCAGAUCGAGGUGCUUGAGCGUGCUGGUGAUCGGGAAUCCUUCCAGGACUGGGAGAACGCCAGCGCUGUGGCGCGCGCGUUCAGCAUUGGCAAGGCAGAGUCAGCGGCGAUCAGCAACUUGCAGACUAAGGUUCCUCCGGCGGUGGUCUCGCGCUUGAAGUCCGUAAUUCGGCCCCGUGGAAUGCGCGCCUUCUUGGCGCACGACGUGCUGGCGAAGGAUGUCUUCAACGCCGCCUUCUCGUCCGGCGUUGGCGCGUAUGAAAGCUGGCAGUUGUACGUGUCCAACAAGGAGGCGAUGCUGCUGAUUGACAGGAUGUGCCGAGAUUGGGACAAGCUCCCACCAACCAUGCGCAAGGCUUGGGUGCUGAAGGAUGUCCUCAACCUUCACACCUGCUGCGGCGCUUUUCUGACGCUGAUAGAUCAACUACAGUCGCGCAUCCCUGAGAAAGACUAUCAGGCCGCGUUGCCGUCGAUCCAAGAGCAGUUUCUGUUGGGGUACCUUGACCCAGAGAUCCUCCACGUGGUGGAGACCACCGUUCCCCCUGCCAACCUUACUCAAGUGAGUUUCCUCAGGAGUGUGGUUGAAGAGCACGACAAUCGCAGCCAACGCGAACUCGCAGAGAAGGAGGAGGUGCUGGCGCAGAAGGUGCGCCAGGCAACAUUUGAGCAGCUGCAGGCAAAGCUGUCUCAAGACAUGGCUACUCUCAAGCAGCGCGCGCCCACAAAGGAGUCUCAGGCUGUGGAGACUGCGCUGGACGUGCGGUACGUCAAGGACAAGCUGCAACUCGUGCUACCUCGCUUCGCGCAGUUCACCUCGCAGCUCUCAAAGGGCGACGGCAAAGUGUUCUGUGGCAACCUCCCGCUGAUUUUGGCAAUGUGCGAUUGCACAGUGUGGCCGGCCAACUCGCUCUACCUCAACGGUGCGCUGUCAGUUCUGACGACCACGUUGGGGAUGUCUAACUUUGCAGUUGGGCACUUGCAGUUGCCAAUGCCGCAGACUCAGACAACUCAGAGCGCCUUGUUGAAGCACCGGCGGCUUCUAGAGGACAACCUGGCUGGGGGCGACAUUGAUGUCACCACCGGCUUGACAUUGCACUUCAACAAGCCCAACCACCAGCAUGACAAGCGGCGUCUCAGCCAACAAUGUUUGGCCCUGACUUCGCAGACGCUCAAGGAUAAUGUCUGGGCGCAGGACAGCGAAGUGCUGCAGUCUGGCAUCAUCAACAAUUUGCCCCUCAUCAAGGUGACUGACAUGCAGGGGUUCGAUGUUGAUGCUGGCAAAUUGAAAGGCGUGGCCUGCCACGAGGAGAUCUUGAAGGCUUAUCUCAAGGGCAUGACGCUGAAGGGCAGCGAUGUUGUGGUUGUCUUUGACGUCAUGCCCAACAGGCACGCGGAGUUCGCCCGUGCCGUUGCUGGCCGCAUCCUCGAAGACAGCUUGCCAGCGGUGAAGUACUUUGGCGUGCUUCGGCCCGAGCAGUCGGAUGUCCCCCAGCUCGUCCACCAGAAAGUUUUUGCGCAUUGGGACACUAGCAAGAGCAGCCCGCCAAAGCAGAGGCCUCGCGAGGAGCGCGACGACCCGCACUUGUCUGUGCUUGCCUGGCAGAGUGGAGCUGUUGUUUGGCCGGAGUCCUUGGCUUCCAAAUUCAGCCCGGACACGCCGGAGCACCAGGAGUUGAACAAGAUCCGUGCGGAGUUGGAGGCGUUGUGGCCCGCAGCAACCGCGCCCGCCGCAACAACAACGCCGCAAGCAGUGCGGGCUGGUGGCACCUGUGAUUUCAGCAUCGACGGAGGUGCGCAGCCUGUGGAUGCCGCUCGCGAGGUGGACAUGCAGUUUGUUUCGGAGCUUGACUUCAAAGAGACCACGACGCUUGGCGCUGCAACGUUGUGCUUAGUUUUUCCUGUAAAGCUUCGGUUGUGCCAAUUAAAAGCAAGCGACCCCCACACAGGUUGGGCGUGUGCCCCGGUGCAAAAGGCAGGGUGGGUGUAG